AUGGCCCUUCAACCGAGACUAGAAGAUGAUCCAUUGGUGAAGGCAUUGAAAGCUUUUGAAAUUGAGAGUUUGAAAUCACUAGUGGGCGAUUGUGAACAAGAUAAAGACAUGCGGGCCAUGGCAUACGAAGAACUGGAGCAGGCGUUGAAAGAAGAAGGAUAUGUGCAUAAUCUGCUACUCAAGGCUUUAAUGCCUAAGGAUGAUGCGGAUGAAAGGGACUGCAUUUUGGAAGUCAGAGCAGUACACCAUGACUCCAGGUAUGAGAACUACUCGCUGAAAAAGGUUUGGAGGUUUGAGGUGGUGGAUGUGACGGAAGAUGACAGAUUAGGGAACUGCUUCAUGUGCCUAAUCAACCUUAAGAAUGCCAUGUCAACGAUUGCUCUCCAUAACUCUGUGAGGAAGAUGACAGAUUAG